GUCACGCAUCUCAAGGACGUUUUUCUUACAUAUAUUAACAUCGUAAAGCAAUCGGUCAAAUUAGUCCGGAUUUUAAUCUGUCUUCAUUUCUUCUAGGGUUGGUAUUCUUUGUGUAUCCUGUUGAGGUCAGCGAAGUAUCAAAGACAUGGAGUGACAUUAAAAACAAAAUUAACAACAAAUGUCGGUACCUCAAAAAACAAACUGUUACUCCUCUCAGCUCGGCAGAUUCCAUGGUUGAAAAUGUAACCGUUUCUCAAUAAAAACUCGUUCGUUAAUCCAUUGUCAUAUCAGCUCAUAAGCAGAUUCCAUGGUUGAAAAUGUAACUGUUUUUUAAUAAAGACUCAUUAUUCGUUAAUUCAUUGUCUGGUUGAUUUCUGUCUACACAUCACCGCAAGCACAAGAAUCAGUGGAACAUCGUUAAACAUACAGUCACAUAGUCAAAACGUUUUGAUCCUUAUUCUCGUACUCGAUUUUUUUCGUGUUUUCACGCGUGAAUUCUUGUGCUUGCGCUUCAUUUUACAUGAAGAGUGUUAUUCCGCCUUGCCGAAUACUCGCUGCAGACCCGUGAGGAAACAGGAGGUCUUAUGAAACCCCUUGUUAUUGGUUACUUUCGAUCCUAAAUUUAAUUACUUUCGAUUCUCAUUAGUUGAAGUGGCUAUAAAUUGGCAAGAAAAAGUGAAAACAUACUUUUUCUCCUGGACCUCUCUCCGCGGCGGAUUUAAAUCAGGUUAGAAGAAUUUUGUGCUUGUUUUUAUUUCAUUGUAUAACGGCUUUUUUAGAAGCCAUGGACUCAGUGGGUUUAGACACCUGUACAUUAGCAAAUCAGGAGUCUAUUCAAGCUGAUCUGAAUGCGGUAGUUGACGAGUACUUCCAUUGGACAAGUUCAGCUGAAGUACAAGGUCAAGUUGACUACGAUGCCGAUUCUUAUUCGUCAGAUUCUGAUAGCACUUGCUCAGAGCAUGACACUUCUUCUGUAGGCCAAGAUGAUUGCUCACCGGGAGACAAUUGCCUUGAUCUCAGAGACAGUGACAGCGAUGAGCUACAGACAAUCAGAAACUUUCUGAGUAAUGGAUGCGGUUGUCAGUUUGGGCCGAAGAUGCAACAUUGCAGUUCAGAGUUCUCUUUCAGCGAUGUUCUCGAAAGCCGUGCAAACUGUUUACAGUUGAGUAAGAAAAAAUUAGAUUUAAUUGUUCUUUCUCAUUUACAUUGCCACUUGCGUAGGGACGAAGUUAAAGGUAGAAAGCGAAAGCGGACUGCUUGUAACUUUUAUUUCAUGGGCCGCCAAAUCUGUAAAAAAACGUACUUAUUUUUGCAUGCAGUUGGUAGGGAGCGCUAUUCAAAUCUGUGUGAACAUUAUAGGGCCUUUGGUCUUACUUUACGUGUUCACGGAAACAAAGGUAGGCUGCCUAAAAAGACCUGCUCUUUUGAGGCUACUAAACAAGUUUCGACGUUCAUCAGCAACUAUGCUGAAGAACAUGCGCUUGUUUUGCCCGGCCGUGUUCCUGGCUUCAAGCGUACUGAUGUGCGACUUUUGCCUUCUCACAUGUCAAAAGCUUCUGUUUGGCGUGUUUAUUCAACUGCAAUGGAGGCACAAAGUCAAACACCUACUGGGUACUCAAAGUUCAUGGAACUUUGGAAUCAGCUAACUCCACAUGUAGUUAUCAUGCGGCCAAUGAGUGAUUUAUGUUUUACUUGUCAACAUAAUAACACUCAAAUUGUCCGAUCAGCAAAUCUUCCUGAGCACGCGAAAUCAGCAGUCGUACGCGCUCAGGAAGAACAUUUGUUUAGGUCAAGUAGUGAGCGAAGCUUCUACAGAACUACUGUAAAAGCCGUAGAGCCUACCGCACACCAGGUUCUGACUGCAAACAAAGGGAUCGUUCCAAAGAACAACCCUCCUUGUUCUUUGAAGGGCAAGAUGCAUUAUUCGUACGAUUAUGCACAACAAGUCCACUAUCCAAGUAAUCCCUUGCAGCCGGGACCCAUUUAUUUCAAAACACCACGGAAAUGUGCUAUUUUUGGUGUCUGCUGCGAAGCGAUUCCUCGUCAAGUAAAUUUCUUAGUUGACGAGUCAGUUCUCACAGGUAAGGGAGCCAACAGUACUAUCAGCUUGGUUCAUUACUAUUUUGGGAAAUUCGGGCUUGGCGAAAGAGACGCCUACAUUCACGCGGACAACUGUUCUGGUCAAAAUAAAAACAAUUAUUUUCUUUGGUACUAUGCCUGCAGAAUAAUUGUUGGUUUGCACUGGAACAUUCUGUAUUCAUUUCUGGUUGCUGGUCACACCAAGUUCUCUCCAGACUGGUGUUUUGGCUUGGCUAAGCAGGCGGUCCGAAAAACUUUUAUUUCGGACCUAUCCGAGUUGGCCCGUACGAUCGACAACUCGACUGUCACAGGCGUGAAUGUCACACAACUCUGUGGACUUCAUGGCAGUUCAGUUAUAGUUCUUACUUACAACUGGGUAAGUUUUCUUGAUCCCUACUUCAAGAAAUUGGCAGGAGUAAAGGGCUAUCAUCAUUUCCGCUUCAGUAAAGACGCGCCAGGGUGGGUUUACUGUAAGCGUUAUGCUGACUCUGAAGAAGUAGAGUUCGACUUACUAAAAGAUCAAGCAAAACUUCCACCUUAUACGCUUCCUCCUGUCAUAAAACCAUUAGGCCUGGAUUUAGAAAGGAAGAAUUAUCUGUAUAAGGAAAUUAGACAAUUUUGUAAACCAGAUUCUGUGAAUCUAGUCGCACCAAAACCUUGAUGCGUCUUAGUGAAAGAAUUGGAGCUAUUAAUUGCAACU